GCGCGUGUUGACAGCGGCGGCGUUGGAGCCGGGCGGGCGGCGGGAGUCGGCGCUUCGGGUUCCUGCCUCGCGUCCCUGGGCGGCGGCGGCCGGGCGUCCCGGGAUGGCCUUCAUGGAGAAGCCGCCAGCCGGCAAGGUGCUGCUGGACGACACGGUGCCGUUGACAGCAGCCAUCGAGGCGAGCCAGAGCCUGCAGUCCCACACGGAAUAUAUCAUUCGGGUGCAAAGAGGAAUUUCUGUGGAAAACAGCUGGCAGAUUGUUAGAAGAUACAGCGACUUUGAUUUGCUUAACAACAGCUUACAGAUUGCAGGCCUAAGUCUACCUCUUCCUCCCAAAAAAUUGAUUGGUAACAUGGAUCGUGAAUUCAUAGCCGAGAGGCAGAAAGGCCUUCAGAACUAUCUCAACGUGAUCACCACAAAUCAUAUAUUGUCUAAUUGUGAGCUGGUUAAGAAGUUUUUAGAUCCAAACAACUAUUCCGCAAACUACACUGAGAUUGCCUUACAACAGGUUUCCAUGUUCUUCCGAUCAGAACCAAAGUGGGAGGUGGUGGAACCUUUGAAAGACAUAGGUUGGAGAAUAAGGAAGAAAUAUUUCUUGAUGAAGAUUAAAAAUCAGCCAAAGGAACGGCUAGUGUUAAGCUGGGCUGACCUUGGCCCGGACAAGUAUUUGUCAGAUAAAGAUUUUCAGUGUCUAAUCAAACUUCUGCCUUCCUGUUUGCACCCUUACAUCUAUCGGGUUACCUUUGCCACAGCUAAUGAAUCCUCAGCGUUGCUAAUUAGGAUGUUUAAUGAAAAGGGAACUUUGAAGGAUCUGAUCUACAAGGCAAAACCAAAAGACCCAUUUUUAAAGAAGUACUGCAACCCUAAGAAGAUUCAGGGCCUGGAACUACAGCAAAUAAAAACAUAUGGACGGCAAAUAUUAGAGGUACUGAAGUUUCUUCAUGACAAGGGAUUCCCUUAUGGGCAUCUUCAUGCCUCCAAUGUGAUGCUCGAUGGGGACACUUGCCGGCUGCUAGACCUUGAGAAUUCCUUAUUGGGCCUGCCUUCCUUCUACCGAUCUUAUUUUUCACAAUUCAGGAAAAUCAAUACAUUGGAAAGUGUGGAUGUCCACUGCUUUGGCCACUUACUGUAUGAAAUGACUUACGGACGACCUCCAGACUCGGUGCCUGUGGAUUCCUUCCCUCCGGCCCCGUCCAUGGCUGUGGUGGCCGUGUUGGAGUCUACGCUGUCUUGUGAAGCCUGUAAAAACGGCAUGCCUACCGUCUCCCGGCUCUUACAGAUGCCAUUAUUCAGCGAUGUUUUACUAACCACUUCUGAAAAACCACAGUUUAAGAUCCCUACAAAGUUAAAAGAGGCAUUGAGAAUUGCCAAAGAAUGUAUAGAAAAGAGACUAAUUGAAGAACAGAAACAGAUUCACCAGCAUCGAAGACUGACAAGAGCUCAGUCCCACCAUGGAUCUGAGGAGGAAAGAAAAAAAAGAAAGAUUUUAGCUCGAAAGAAGUCAAAACGAUCUGCUCUUGAAAAUAGUGAAGAGCAUUCAGCGAAGUACAGCAACUCCAAUAAUUCAGCAGGAUCUGGGGCCAGCUCACCUCUCACGUCCCCGUCAUCGCCAACUCCACCCUCUACAUCAGCAUGCACCAUUUUGAACGUGAAUUUUCGGGCCUUUGCUGGACUGCCAGGUUCCCAUGUGGCUUGGUGGAGAGGAUUUUGGGGAGAGUGGAGUAAGUAGUUGGCUCUCAGGGAUUUUGUCUAAGAGAAAGUGAGAUGGGAGAAAUCAGGACUGACCUAAUCAUAACAGAAGGUGAGCUGUUUGGAGCAUCCCCGUCCUGGACAGAAAUUCAGGUAUCAUCAGUUUAACAUGGAAUCGGUCUGCUCUUGUAUGUGGCCUGGAGAUAAGGGUAUUGGAGGCCUCUUGGCAGGAGGGACUCAUUCACAUUUUACGUGUGGAGAGAGCGCAGGCAGCAGGCAGUUGUUCCCAGGUUUGUCACAGGCCAAAUGGCCAACUUUCAUUUGGCCCUGUUGCCCUGUCCCCUCUUACCUCCAUUGUUAGCCAUGUGUUAUAGCUGAAGCCCCAGUGGACCUUUCAGGAAGCUUGUGGACCAUGGAAAGGGCCAAAAGGAAAAGCCAAAAACAAUCAAUGGGGUGGACUGAGUGAGACUGAGUCCCAGGCCUGUGUUCCUGCCUCCCAUUUUCACCUUCUGACUCCCAGACCUCCUCUCCCCUGUUCCAAACUGACAAGUUGGGUUCGGCCUCCUUUGCCCUGGUUGUACCUUAGAGCCACCAUGGUUGUUGCAGUCCCAGUGAGGAAAAGUGGCCCUGCUGGGACAUCAAGCCCCACUGGAUGCUUGGGACCACUGGGGUCACAUCAGGGAGAUCCUGCUGCCUGUCCUUUCGUUCCAUUCGUUUUAUAUGCACAGGUUUCCCUGGAGCCCUUUGGACAGCGUAUUUAUUUACACCACCUACAUUUUCAGAGAGACUCGUUUAAAGUGACAACAGUUUCAGCCUUUACUUGGACAGUGGGAAAUGCAUGUACUGAGCCCCACCCCAACUCCCAAACUCCGCAGUGGUGCAUUUGCACUUCUAAUUUUGAGGGCCUGGUAAUGAGGCCAAAACCAAGGGUUGGUUCUCUAUGAGACCAAGCAGUUUUGUUCUGUGCCAAGAUGGCAGCCCCUACCCCUGAGCCCAGCCCUGAGGCCCGUCUCCGGCCUCCCAGAGUCCUUGCCUGGAGGGCUGGUCCGUUUCUAGAUGGCCGGUGCUACGCCUUUAGUCAAACUCCCAAGUAGAACUCCCUCGCCUACUGCUGCAGCCGAAGCCUGUCCUUAACUGUGCAGUGAUUCUUCUGCCAUGGGUCAAAGCACAAACCUGGGAGGCAGAAACCCUGGAGCUCCUUCUUUUACACACUGGGCCCUGAUAUCAAGUCCAGAUUCCGCUGCCCUUUUCUGGCCAUUGGGUUGGGAGGGUUCUGGGGAAGGGCAUUGGCACCUACUCACCCCUCAGUGGCAGAGCUCACUCCUCUGGGCCCUCCCUGCAGUCAAGAGACUGAAUUCCAAAAGCCUUCAGCAGAGGUCCCCCUUCCUGCUGCUAUUUCACUGGUCACUCUCCAGAAGUUGUCUUCAGAGGAAUGCUUAUCACACAUGCUUAUUUUCUUGUCCCUCCUCAACAGUCACUUCAGGUUUAAAGUCCUUAUCUUUGUAACCCUGUGACAUAAAGUCAGGAACAUUUUCCCACAAUCCACCCUAGCAUAAAACAUAACAGAAUUUCAUUCAUCAGUUGUUAUUGUGUAGAACCAAUGAACAUAUUGGUCAUUUGUCUGUAUUUAACCUUUAUUUGUAUUGCUAUAUUUGAGCAUUGCAAGAUUGCAGAGCAUGAGCGUGUGUAUUUGUGUGAUUCUUUAAUUUCAGCUGCCUUAGGUUUGGGUAAAAGAUGUAAAGAAAGGUAAGUGAUUUUCUAUCAGUUGUAAGACUUUGACCGUUUCCUGUCAUCACACUUGGUGAAAAGGAGGUACCUGAGUAUUGUGUUGGUGAUUCUGAGCCAAUACCCAUGUAAACUUCAGUCGGGCAGCUUUACCUGUUAGCCGUUAUCACAACUCAGCAGCAGUGUAGGGAAAUUGUCUGGCAGAAUGUCUUCCUGGGGUAGCCUUGUUAGGGACAGAGGCAGCGUCUGACAGGUGGAGCCUGAGAGAGCUGCAAGGUCACAGGAGACGGGGCAACUAACUGUGGCACAGGAACAUUCUUUAAGGCAAGGCUUUUUCUGUACUCAGUGUUUAUUCUGUCCUGAGAGAACAAUCCAUUCAGUGAUUCCAAAAUAUAAAAGUCAAGUUGCAGAUGUCCACGUGCCUGGAAGCUGGGGGAAGUUUUAGACACCUGCCCAGUUUCCCUCUCCCUGCCCACUGGGGCACGGCAUGACAUUCCAGUUUCUCCUGAUGCUUUGGCAAAGGGGGCCACGAUGGAAAGAACAGUACCUGAGAGAUUUCUCUGUAAGAACACUCUUGCCGGAGAGACCCUUCUGCCUCCUGCUUUGCAUUGCUAACAGUUAUCAGCAUUUUGUAUUUCUUUAAUGCAACCUAAUAGGAAAUUAUUAUUCAAGACAGACUCCUCUAGGAAAUGCAUAACCCAGGAGGCACUGUGUUCCUUGCUGAGAAUCCUGAGUGGUUUGUCAUUUUAUAUAAAAUCACAUCCUUCAAAUACUGUGUGUGUUGGAGCAGCCAAAGAACUGUUCAUCCCUCAUGAGUAACUGACAUUCAGGAAGCCCAGCUCCGUCAUGCAGAUGUCUGUCUUUAAUUGCUAGCUCAGAAGUAGACAGAGCUUCCUGGGACCUGGCUGAAGUAACUGAUGGAUGGAACUCUUCUUUGGGGACCAUUCCUAAUAUUUGCAAAUGUGGUCAGAGCUCCAUCUAUGGAGAGAAUGCCACCAUAUAUGGUUUCAUGUAAUCUGUAAUAUUUGUUCCAACAGCCUUUAACAUGACUAUUGUUUGAGGGAAAUGGCAACUUUUAAUUCCCCUUUGAUGCUUCUAGCUUUGUUGAGUAUCUUAAGAACACAUACAGUACUAGGUAUCUUGGUACCUCUGAGGAAAACGUGUGGACUCUCACCAAAGUCCAUUCUGCUCAAGACUGAGCGGUAGCAUGUGUGCAGGGCAGCUGCAGAGGUGAAUACUGACUGUCCCCUUUUUCCUCCACAGGGAUAUCUGCAUUACCUCCACCUCCUCCACCUCUACCACCACCAGCAGCUCCCUUGCCUCCUGCGAGCACAGAGGCACCUGCCCAGCUCUCGUCCCAGGCUGUGAAUGGUGUGAGCCGAGGGGCCUUGCUCAGCUCCAUCCAGAAUUUCCAAAAAGGAACUUUGAGGAAAGCCGAAACCUGUGAUCACAGUGCUCCUAAGAUCGGCUGAAGCUUCCUGUUUACACUUGGACGGGAAAGUUCUUUUUUAUUCCUAUUCACCCUACCCCACAAACUACCCUCUUCCUGGGAUAAGAAUUGCUGAGCCAGUACAGCCACAGACAGUACUGUUUUGCAGAUGCUCACGUAAGCAGCUUUUCAAGAGGAAACUAUUCAUUCAGUAGAAUAAAGUUAGGCUGGCAUUUCUCCCUGAAGAAAUAUUUUGCUCCUUUAUUAACCCUUUUGUAAAGGAGUCUUGUUUAUCCUCUAAUGGGCAUGCUUUUGGGGCAGCAGCAUAUUGAAAUAUUUUCACCAACAAAAGUAAAUGGACAGAAAAACAGUGACAAUAUUCAAUCACAGCAGGAAAUGGCCUUUGUGUUGCAACCCCUUCUACCCCAUCAGACAGCUCCUAGAAACAUUUCUCAUAGUUCAUUUCUCUAAAGCAUUUUCUGGUUUUUAGAUAACUCCAAUUUUUGCUACCUUUAUCUUAGACAUGAACACUAUAGUCCAAAGCAUAGUUACAUUGCUGAGUCAGAAAGCAACUGAGUUCUUCAUUUUCCCCUCAAAUAUAAUGGGGAAUGUUCACAACAUUGUUUUAAGUUCUAACAGGAAUACCAUUGUGGUUAUAGAACUCAGGUCUGCUAAAGCAACUACUCUAGACCCAUAGUUCUUUUUAGUGAGAAUACUGAAACAGACAAAAAUAUUAACAUCAGAAAAAGCUCUUGCCAAUUAGAGGAUCGUCUUAAUCCUUAGCAAUUAAGUCAAGUUUGGGGUUUGAGGGAGGCAGGUCAUUAUUACAACAGAAGUAAAUUUGGCAUCUAUAGAAAUCAAUUACGAUUUUUGAACAAUUUAUCUAAAUAUAUCAAUAUAUCAUCCUUUUAGUGUUAUCAUUUAUUAGAAAGAUCCUUUAUCCUGAUUUGCUUAAACCUUUAAAUAAAUUGCACUUUAAAGGAUUAUAAAUAAUCUAUUUAAAAAUUCAAGUACACACAUCAGUGUUGGUUACUAUGCAGAGAAUGUCAUUGUGUAUACUUUCAUGUAAUCUGUGAUAAAUGUCAGCUGUAUUUUUUAUUAAAAUAAACUAUGUCAAGAAAACGUG